GGUGUCCUUCCGACAAAACAAGUUUCACGUCAUCUCUUUUUGCUUGGAUUUGGAGUGACAAAAUAUUGUUAUAUGAAUACUGCAAUUAUUCCAACGAAAGUCAAUUAAGUCAUGUCCUAAUGAAGUCAUCGAAGUUACAAAGAGUGUAAUCAACUAAAAAUCCCUGAAAUUUGCGGAGAAUUUGAGGAAAAGUGACUUGAUAAGGCAAGACUCCACAGAUGCCAUGGGUUUUGUAUUUUCCAAGAUCUGGAGUCUGUUUAAUAAUGAAGAACACAAGGUUAUAAUAGUUGGUCUGGACAAUGCCGGAAAGACAACCAUUUUAUACCAAAUCCUAAUGAAUGAAGUGGUCCACACAUCACCUACAAUAGGUAGCAAUGUAGAAGAAGUCAAAUGGAAAAAUAUACACUUCUUAAUGUGGGAUAUUGGUGGGCAGGAAUCGUUACGAUCAGCCUGGGGAACCUACUAUGCUGGAACGGAGUGUGUAAUACUUGUUAUAGAUAGCACAGAUAGAGAAAGGUUACACGUUAGUAAAGAAGAACUCUAUGUCAUGUUAGCAAAUGAGGAUUUGAAACAUGCAGCAGUCCUCCUUUUUGCCAAUAAACAAGAUUUAAAAGGUUCAAUGACAUCAGCUGAGAUAUCACAACAGCUUAAUCUGACUUCAAUUAAGGAUCAUCAUUGGCACAUACAAGCCUGCUGUGCACUUACUGGAGAGGGAUUAAUCAAGGGAUUGGAAUGGAUUGCAAAUCAGAUACGGAGGUGACCUCCACCAUCGUUAUCAAUCUUUUCUUAUUUUCAAGCGACCUUAAGUUUAUUACAAGAAAAAGCACAGAUGAUUUUCAGGGAAACCAUUUUUUAUCAAUGAUACUUUUUUUCUGGAAUAUGCUUAUUGUAAGGGAUAGAAAUUACCAUCUUCUCCAGGCAUACAAUUUGUUGAAUAUUGUUUGUGAAAGGGAUAAAUAACAUCGAUUCUGCUUGAUUGAUUACCAGCCACGAAGUGUGCUUCUAAAAAAGCAAAGCAGGUUUUUAUAAAAAGUAAAUACAUCUUUCAAAAUUGAAAUCAAAUAAAUUUGUAUGUGUUCCAAAUACCUUCCCUCUGCUAAGAGCUUGACAUUUUGUUGUGAAGUAUCCCUAAACAUUUCUUGACAGUUGAAUUUAAUACCCUUAACUAAAGGCAGGUUAUUUGACUUUGUGGGUCCUGAAAGGAAUUGAGAGAACUUUUAUGAUCAAGACUUGCCUUAAGACGCUUAUUUAUACCACUUUAUAGAGUGCAAGUAGGAAAGCAACUUGCAAACUUGCAAAUUUGGCAGCAUUACUAAUACACUGUACAUGUAUGUUCCUAAUACAAACACUAAAGGUUCAACCGACUUCUAAAAUUCAUCCUCAUUUUCAAAGAUGAUGAUUGGACCAUAGAGCAAGGAAAAGAAGGAGUUACAACUAGUCGUCUUCAAAAGUUCCAUGUGUGUUACCGCGGUCACAAACGACCAGCGCUAAUCGGCAGAAACAUCUGCGGGCGCAUUUGCUAAUCAUUUGCUCUAUGAUUGGACCAAGCUGAUUGGUAAUAUGGUUUUACUAACACACUGGCCUAGCACCGUUGGAGAUAUCUGAUCUAGGAUUGGAGAGGGGGG